ACGUACCGUACGGUGGCAUCACUAUCGCACAUAAGCGUAAGGCCAGGAAAAUUGCAUUGUAUUUCGCAAUCGCUUCAAGAACAAUAUUUUUCCACAAUAUUCAAAUUCAUAGUUGAAUUAUAUUAUUAUAGUCUAAUAGCUCUAAUUCCAGAAAUAAAAUAACAUUUAUUUUCUAUACCAGUACAUUCGUGAUAUCGAUAACAAUUCUUGUAUAAUUGAUUGCAUCAAUUUAUAUAAAUUACAUUGCGCAGCCGCUUUUUCUUUUGAAUCUGUUUCGAACAAACGCGCGAGAUUAAGAGAAAACAUUAAUUUUAUCUAAAAGCAAUGCACGUGAUACAACAGAAUAUAAUCAAACAUUAUUAUCUAUAAUUUUGCAUGUUUAUAAUCAUAUCAUUGAGAAGUAAUACAUUUUUAUGGGUUACUUAUUUCUAAGGGACAAUGGAAGUCAGUGUAGGAGACGUAGUAAUGCCUGGUGAUAUUAUAAAAGAUAUUACUACAAUUAACAAAAAAGAAACAAUCAUUUUAGGACCUGGACUUCGUCGCGAAGCUGAUACAGUAUUUGCAUAUAAAGCAGGUGUACUAAAGAAAACAGAACCAGCUGUAUAUUAUGUAGAUAGUUAUCAAAAGCGUUAUAUACCAAAUCGUGGAGAAAAUGUAGUUGGUAUAGUAACACAGAGAAGUAGUGAUAUUUUCAAGGUAGAUAUAGGUGCCAGUGAACAAGCAUCUCUUUCAUAUCUGGCAUUUGAAGGAGCUACAAAGAAAAAUCGACCUGACAUUCAGGUCGGAGACCUUGUGUUUGCGAAGCUUUUAGUUGCCAGUAAAGAUAUGGAACCAGAACUUGUAUGUGUGGAUUCUCAUGGUAAAGAAAAGAAAUUGGGUGCUUUAAGCUCUGAAGGCAUGCUCUUCACUUGUUCUUUGAGUCUUGUCAGAAAAAUAUUAAAUCGCAAUUCCCUAUUGUUCAAUACACUUGCACGUAGUCAAGCAUAUGAAGUUGCAGUUGGUAUGAAUGGUAGAGUUUGGGUCAAAGCAAGGACUAUUCAAGAAACAAUAGCAGUAGCAACUGCUAUUUUGGCAGCAGAAUAUGCUCCACCUAAUGGUAUUAAAAAAUUAUGCUUAGACAUUGAAAAGACUUUACUUUUAACUCAGUGUGGUAAUGUAGAUUAAUUGUAAUAAAGGAAGAAACAAAUGUUA